AUGUUUAGAUUGACUGCUAGAUCCGCUACACGCUCAUUGAGGUUGCCUGUACAGAAAGCAUCUUUCAUCACUCCAUUAAGAUUUUAUGUUGCUCCACCAAUCACCAGAGAUGAAGUCAUCAAUCGUGCGUUUGAAGCAUUGGGUACCGUCACCACUUUGCAAGGAUCAAACAUAACCUUAGAGAGCUCCUUCCAAAAGGAUUUGGGACUAGAUUCAUUGGACACUGUUGAGGCAUUGGUUGCGUUAGAAGAGGAGUUUGACUUGGAAAUCCCAGACAAGAUUGCUGACGAUAUCAAAACUGUUGGAGAAGCCGUUGACUAUAUUUUGAAAGAGGAGGUAAAAGAAGAAGCUUAG